GAAGUUCAGGGGAUGCAUUGGGUCGAUCAGUCCAUUUGCUCUUACCUCGGCAUCGGAGGUGGAGACGGAGAUCACGAAUAUAGAUUCACAUAUCCGAAAGCCUAGUAGCUGCAAAACAACCUUCUCCUCUCGCUGCUAACUCAAUCGAUUCGGAGUGUUGGAUGACCAUAUCACUGCCGACCACUGGGGGAUUGAAUACUAUGCUCUGUUUUUUUUUUUUUUUUUUUUUUGGGGUGUUCAGAAGAUUGAGUUCCUCAUCGUGUCUUCCUCUGCUAGUUGAAGAUUUCAUCUUCAUGCCUCUUUUUCCAUCGUGGUUCGAGAUCUCAUCUUUGUGCUUCUUGUUGUCUUCUCUCGCAGCUACCUACUUCACAUUUUCUUCUGGUAAAGUGAUUCUCAUCGAUGGCUUGAAAAACUACCAUGAAAUCAAACUCCCCAACGUUACAGGCCCUGAAAGCUUAUCCUUUGACUGUAAUGGCGAGGGGCCAUAUGCUGGCGUAUCAGACGGCAGAAUUCUCAAAUGGGAAGGAACUCACAAAGGAUGGUUCGAAUUUGCCAUCACCUCACCACACAGGGACAGGAAACUAUGUGAUGGAUCAACAGAUCCAAACAAGGAACCUACUUGUGGAAGGCCACUGGGACUCAAAUUUGACCGAAAAACAUGCAAUCUUUACAUAGCAGAUGCAUACUUUGGCCUCUUAAUGGUUGAAACUAAUGGUGGUGUGGCCAAGCAACUGGCCAUUUCUGCAGAUGAAGUUGCUGUUCCCUUCAAAUUCUUGAAUGGCUUAGAUGUUGAUGAGCAAACAGGUGUGGUUUAUUUCUCAGAUAGCAGCACUGUUUAUCAAAGAAGGGAAGGGAGAAUGAUAUCCCUAAAAGGAGAUAAGACGGGAAGAUUGCUAAAAUAUGAUCCAAAUACUAAGAAAGUAGAGAUCUUGCUGCAAGGCUUGGAAUUUGCAAAUGGUGUGGCUUUGAACAAGGAUGGCUCAUUCCUUCUGGUAGCAGAAACAGAUUCAGGCAAGAUUUAUAAAUUUUGGCUCAAAGGCUCAAAGACUUACACUUCAGAACUGUAUGCAAAACUUGAAAGGCCACCAGAUAAUAUCAAAAGAAACAAGAAUGGAGAUUUCUGGGUGGCACUAUAUAGUAAUAGAACUACAUCAGUUCAAAAUGCAAAUGAAGCUCAGAAAUUAGGGAAAGAUCCAGUGGGAGUGAAGUUAGAUAUGAAGAGAAACAUUUUGGAGAUUUUGGAUGGAAGAGAAGGUCCAGAGCUUGAGUUUGUCAGUGAAGUGCAAGAACAUCAUGGGAGGCUAUGGAUUGGGUCUUCUGUCAAUUCCUAUGUAGCUGUAAUUAAAGUAUCAUUACUUUAAAUCAGCAAUAUUCUUAGUCAAAUGAUUGUACGGCGCUACUAAAUGAUGCAAAACUAUUAUUUUUUAUAUGAUUUUUUUUUUCAAGAAA